UGUAUUUUCAUAUUUUAGUACUGGCUAUGUUGAAAUGGCUGGCCAGCUCUCAGUAAGAUACAAGACAUCUAACAAUGAACCAUUCUCCCCUUGGCAUCUUGCAGAUUAUUGUACAAAUGGGCAGGAAGUUUCAUUGGUCAUUUCUCUUGGCAGUAAAGUUCAGUACAGAUUUGUGACCUUUUCCACUGAAAGUAUCAAAACAACUUCUCCUUUUAUUACAGUAUUUGUAAGUCAGUAUUGUAAUAGAAAUGCGACAAUUGAAGCUCCACUGUGUAAUUCUUUUAUUGGUUCUGGAGUAUUUAUAAGUGAAUUGUCAUUCUUAGCCCCUCAGUGUGACAACAUCAGUGAAGAUAAAGAUUUUAAUCAGUUUUUUGUUCAAGUUUCUAAUUGUCGUCCUCAAAAUUUGCAAUUGCAAGUCAUAUCUUUCAUUAAAUUUUAGGUUUUUUUCCUUUUUUAGUCGGCUGGAAUUCACACUAGUCCUUCGUUAUCGUGAUCCUCGUCCUGGGUGUUGGCGUUUAAGUAAUGCUAAUGAAGGUGUACUGGUUAAGGCACUAUUUGGUGAUGGCUCAAUAUUACCAUUACAAUACGUCACAAUUACUGGAGGGAAUAUAGGACUUAAUAAGGAUCAUGUCAGUAUUACAGAAUUUAAUUCAAACUAUUGCCAACUGAGAGUGAGACUUCAGGAUGCUUCUUACAUUAUUCCAGUCAAUAGAACUAAAGUAAUAGGGCCUGUCUCUCACACAAUAUAUGUGAGUGAUUAUCGAAUGUUUACAGAAAACCUAUCAUUUUCUUGGACUCAAUAUCGCAAAUCUAAUGAGGGACAUUGUGAUGUUUGGUCACUGGAUGAUGUGAGGGUUUCUAUUAAUACCAAUGGUAACCUGUACAGUGAAGACUUUGAUGAUGAUGACGAUAUUUGUAAAACAUCAUGGAAUUGUACAUUUGCUCAAAUGUCUCAAGUCCCUUAUCAGUGUGGCAAUGGAUCUGAACCUUGCUUGUUUUUCACUGGUGGAAAAACAAAAGAUCGUAUUGCAGUGUCUCCAGUAAUUGAUGAACACUUAUCAGCUUUCUAUAAUGAAUCAGCUUUGUAUAAUCAUUCUAUCUAUGAUCAAUCUGUUUAUGAUCAAUGUGUCUAUCAUGAGACUGUAUCACUGCAUGAAGCUGCAACUCCUCCUUUGGUCUCCUCAUUCUCCUGUAAUGGACACAUGGUAAAUGCUAGUUUUAUUCUGCAACUCAGAAAAUUUACUCUAAGCAGUUCAUCACCUAAUGCCAUUCUCCUCUCUCUUGCUGUGGAUAGUAAUACCGCAAGUACACCAUUAGCUUAUUAUGCUCCAGUAGGUAACAAGUAUUGGACUAAUUUCAAUACUACUCAUCUCAAUGGUGUACCCAUAUAUUCACCUAAUCCUACACAAUACACUUCAGUCUCAUUCUGUAUACACAAGAACACUGAACUAGUAUCAUUAAUAUGGACACAAGAAAACUACACUUCUAAUUAUGAUAUUUGGAGUAUUAGUCAACCAAUCAUAUUCACUGAUCUCAAUGAAGUUUAUAGUACAUCACUGAAUUACACUAAUGGUGGUAUAUCUAACCAGUCAGUGUGUGCUGGUGAAGGUCCUAUACUGUUAAUGGAUGGAGGAGAUGGACUCAUACCUCGUGAAGCAACUUACCGGUACAUGUACAACAUUGAGGAAAUAACUUCAUCCUCUCUAAGUGACUCAUACAUGACAGAUAGUCCAUCUACAACUAUAAUGACAGUUGUUAUGUCUACUACUUCCACGAUGACUGACUCUAGUCCUAUAGUUACACCUACAGGUCCAGCUGUUCCUAUGUGCUUCACUGAUGGUAUUUGGCCUGAUACACCAGUUAAUCAAACUGCUAAUGGAACUUGUAGCAAGGGAAUGGCAAAUGCUACUAGACUCUGCAAAGCUAAUGGAGUGUGGGGUACUAUCAAUUGUAAUGCGUCUCAAGCGUACAAUAGAAUUUUAGAAGAGGCGUCCAGUGAUCCUUUAACAGCUUUGGUAUUACUCAAUCAAUCUGUGUCCUCCAACGACAGUAAUGGAGAGUUAGAAAUUGGGGAGGUUACUGUCCUGCUAGAUGUAAUAGUAACUGCUUCACAGAAUAUGACCACCGACAAAGCAGAAACAGUGUUUAAUAUUGCUAGCAAAAUUUUGAAGACUGAAGACAUGCAAGAAGAUCAAGGAAGGGACAUUAAUGGUGUUGCUAGUCAGCUGUUGGUAACAAUGGAUAAACUUGCUUUUAAAUUAGUAGAUCCAAAUGUUAUCAUCUCAACUCCAAACAUUAGUAUGUAUAGUGCUGUAUCUUAG